UUAACUGUGAUUGAUCCGGACAAUGAGACUGUCUAUUACAUGGAUCCAUUAAAAAGACGCCUUGGGGGUAACGGAGAAUGGAAAGAUAUUGUUGACACUGCCAUAUCAAUGUUUAGAGGGGACCGCAACAAGAAAGGACGGGGUUCUAUUCAAUGGAAGAACAUGGCAGGUAUUCCAUCACAGCCAAACGACAAACAGUGCGGCUAUUUUGUGAUGAGAUAUAUGAGGGACAUCAUAUAUGAUACAAACUUGGGUUUUGCAGAUAAGUGGGGUAGGAGAGCCAACCAUGUUUAUUGUCAAGUGGAAAUUGAUGAAGUGCGUAAUGAGCUCGCAAGUUAUGUGGUGAAGAACAUCCUCAAGUUGUAGUCUGCAGUUGCUCAUGGCCUAGAAGCUCAGAAGUGAAAUAGGCUAGAAAUG